UAAAUCCACGUUCAGCGGCGGCGGUAACGCGCAGAGGAGAUACCCGCGAUACAGACGCAAUGUCAAAAUUUGUUUUGUUUUGAAUGUUUGUUUAUUUCGAUCGAAUUCGGUUUCGAAGCUUUUGGUCUCAAUCAAAGUGAUUCUUUUUGCAAUUCAUUUAAAUCAAUAAUUGUAAUUAAAAUAUACCCGUGGUACGAUCAAUCAAAUAGUGAAUUCUCGAGCGCGAAAUGGCUGCAAUUAGAGAAAAUGUUCUUGGUCAUCACGCCUCCGUCAACACGGUUUAUCACUGCCUUUAUGGAUAUUAUUACCUAGGCAUUAGGAAGUGCACCUUAUCUAAAAUUUAUGCUAAACAUCAUACAACAAUUUCCCAAUGGAUUCGACAGUACGAGGACAAUAAAUAUUUCGGGCGAAAGGAACGUGCAAAAGUAUACCUGCAGUUCGGCCCACAGGAAAGAUCGUGGAUAGUGGAAUUAUACAAAAACUGUCCUAUUUUGUACCUGCACGAAACCAAAGAGCAGUUUGAGAGAACGUUUCACAAACCCAUUAGCACCGCAUCAGUCAAUCGAAUCCUUCAUUCCGAAGGGUACAGCUGGAAGGUUUUAGAACGAAGAGCCAUUCAACUGCGGCAAAAAGAUAUAUACCGAUUCCAUUCCGAUAUGAGUAUGAUUACUUGGGAUUUCCAUAACCUAGUGUUUUUGGAUGAAGUUUCCUUCGAUAAUCGUGGGAUGCUUCGGAAUAAAGGCUAUGCACCAUUGGGGAAACGCCUCAUAUACCGUGGGGAAUUCAUAAGGCGUCCUAGAUGUUCUAUGUUAAGUUUCUUGGGAUGUAAUGGAGUGAUUGAAACGUUCUCGACCGAAGGGACCUUUACACGAAAAACUUUUUUUGAUUGUGUCCGAUCUUUUGUACUAAGUGGAGCAGUUAAACGGCACCCUGGACAGUACAGUACUUGGGUGAUGGAUGGUGCUCGCAUUCAUUGCCAUAAGGCAAUCAUAGAGUAUUUAAGAUCACUAGGCAUCAAUGUCAUAUUUUUACCUGCUUACGCACCUUUCUACAACCCUAUUGAGUUCGUUUUUGGUUACAUCAAAAGGCAUCUUAAGAAAACAUAUAUUGAGAAUAGCUCCAAAGAUUUAACAAUAACCAUUUGUGAGGCUUUGCAGCAUUUCAAAAAUUUUGAUUGUUCAAACAUUUUUAAAAAGUGUGGUUACCUUCCAGGAGGCACUUUUGAUCCCAGCAUUGGUUUGGGCCAAGACAUGAAAACAUUUGGUUUCCAAACUUAAAUGUUAAGGGGGCUUCCAUAAAGUAUUUCACGU